GCCAUGCGCAAAAAGCGCUCUAAGCGGUGGAGACGCUCCAGCCGGCCGCGGAGAGCCAAAGCCGGCAGGGGGAGCUCCGGGGCGAAAAGGCCUCCUUCGCCGCUUUCCUCCGCCCUUCCCUUUCCGGAGCCAGGCGCGCCAAAGCCGGGAGGGGGUGGCCAUGCCGCUGGAUCACCGGCGUGUGCCGGGCCCGGAGGAGUCCCAGUCGCCUCUGCUGUACGUGCCGCCGGAGGGCCAGAAGGAGAGCGACGAAGAGAUCCAAGCCAGCCGGGACCCUUCGGCUUUGCAGCCUCUCUUCGCCCGCGUGGGCCUGCUGAGCCAAGCCAAAGGCUCGGCCUACGUGGAGCUGGACGGAGGCACUAAAGUCUUGUGCUCCGUAGCCGGGCCGCGCGAAGCGGGCGGCGGCGUCCCGGCUACCGAACCCCGCGGCCGCUUAGUCUGCGACUUCCGACGGGCUCCUUUCUCCGGCCGCGGAGCCCGUAGCCAUCCGGCCGACAAAGAACCCGAGCUGACUCUGGCUUUGCAAGAAGCGCUGGAACCGGCCGUGCGCUUGGCGCGCUACCCGCGGGCGCAGCUGGAAGUCAGCGCGCUGCUCCUGCAAGACGGCGGCUCGGCUUUGGCCGCCGCCUUGUGCGCCGCCGGCUUGGCCUUAGCCGACGCCGGCGUCGAGCUCUACGACCUGGUGGCGGCUUGCGCGCUCAGCCGGGCGGCCUCCGGCGAGUGGCGCCUCCAACCCACCGAGCCCGAGGAGCGCGCCGCCGCCGCCCGCCUCACCGUGGCGCUCCUGCCAUCCCUCAACCAAGUGGCCGGCUUGCUGGGCAGCGGCGACGGCGGUCAGGUCGACAGCUGGGCUCAAGCGCUCCGCCUGGGUCUCGACGGCUGCCAGCGGCUUUACCCGCUGCUGCGCCAGAGCCUCCUGCGCGCAGCCAAGCGCCGCCAAACGCACGAGGGUCCCCAGGAGGAGCCCGCCGAGAUGGAGACGGAGGAAGCUGCAGCGGGGAAGGCUUGAGAACUCGCGGCUUUUUCCAACCGGGGCGUUUGGAGCAGGGAUCGGGGCGACGACGACACUUCGGACCUUCGAUGUGGGAAGCAGGUGAAGAAGGACGGAGGGAUGGCGAGGAAGAGACCUUGCCGGAUCCCCAAGGGCUGCCUUUGGAAACUUUACGCACGCCCUCCGCUUGGAGGUGACAUUGCUGCAAGGUCCCACCCACCCCCAAGAAGCUGUGACUGUGACUC